GCUGAAAUCCUAAUGAACCGACCCCACGCGAGAAAUUCAUUGGGAAAAGUAUUUGUAAAUGAACUGUUCAGCAUUCUGGAACAACUCCGCUUUGAUGAGAAGGUUCGCGUGGUGGUGUUCAAGAGUGAGGUGAAAGGUGUAUUUUGUGCUGGUGCAGAUUUAAAGGAACGUGCGAAGAUGGAUGAUGCAGAAGUUGGACACUUUGUUAAAAGGCUGAGAAAUCUCAUGGAUGAAAUAGCCGCCCUGCCUGUACCCACCAUUGCCGCAAUAGAUGGCUACGCGUUGGGUGGUGGACUGGAACUGGCGUUAGCUUGUGACCUUCGAGUAGCAGCUUCAUCAGCUAAAAUGGGCCUUAUUGAGACCACAAGAGGGCUUCUUCCUGGAGCAGGUGGAACCCAGCGCCUGCCCAGAUGUGUUGGAAUAGGUCUUGCAAAAGAACUCAUUUUCACUGGGAGACAGGUUGACGGACAACAAGCCUUCUCAAUGGGAUUAGUAAAUCACGCAGUGCCACAGAACAGUGACGGAGAUGCAGCGUACCAGAGAGCAUUAACUUUGGCUAAAGAAAUCCUUCCUCAGGCUCCAUUUGCUGUGAAAAUGGGAAAACUGGCAAUAAACAGAGGAAUGGAGGUUGACAUUGCAUCAGGGAUGGCUAUUGAGGGGAUGUGUUACGCCCAGAAUAUUCCCACAAGAGACCGUCAGGAAGGGAUGGCUGCCUUCAGGGAGAAACGACCACCUCAGUUUAUUGGCAAAUAAUGCUUCCUGGCUUCCCCUUGAUUUUUUUGAAGGUAAAGGAAGACGGAAGAGGGCCCACUGAUUUCUUGGGAUUACUUUUAGGACUGCAUUUUGUAUACUUCACUCCUUGCCUUGGACUAUAAUUCUGAAUACUCCACUGGAUCAUUUUGCUGGAAGAAUUCCCAAAUAAAGAUUUAACUUUUUAAA